AUGACCGUCUUCUUCAUCUUCUGCUCUGGUAAGCCUCACUGGUUUCAUUCAUCAGGUAUUUCUUCUUCUUCUCCUCCUCCUCCUCCAUCUACUGUAUCAUAUCACUGCAUUCAUCUUCUAGUUGUGCCGGCAUCACCUGAGGCCAUCCUUUUCACUUGCCGAUAUUGCAGACAGAAUAUUCAAGAAUUGAAGAAGAACAUGGUAUUAUCAAACAAGAAGCUUAAACAAAAGCUACGAGCAGCUAAAGCUGAACUAAUCGCAGCAUCAGAGGCUCAGAAUCAAUCCAGAAACGAGAACCCAGAAAACCCUGAUUCAAGUAUCCAAACGGGUUCUCUCAAGAAUCUGUUUAAUUCAGAUACCAAGAAACCCAACUUGUCCAAAAGAGCAAAACGCCGUGAAAAGACGCAGUCUGAUUUGCAUGAAACUGCGGAGACUGUAAAAUGUGGAGAAAACGGCGGUAAAGAAGAGGGUGAGGAAAAGAAGAACGAGACGAAAAAGAAGAGGAAGAGAGAUGAGAGUAAGGAGGUGGAGAACGUGGAGGUGGAGAAGAAGGUGGAACAGUUGAAGAAAAAGAAGAAAACAAAGAAGAAGAAAAGGAAAGCUAAUAAGGUCGAAAAUGGGGGCAUCGAGGAGCAAGUUGUGGCAGAGGCUGUUGUAGGCGAUGAAAGCAAACAAGAUUUGGAGGUUUCUAAUAAAGUAUAUGUUGGUGGCAUUCCAUACUACUCUACUGAGGACGAUAUUAGAAGUUAUUUUGAAGGCUGUGGUACCAUUACUGAAGUUGAUUGUUUGCACUUCCCAGAGAGCGGGAAGUUCAGAGGGAUUGCCAUAAUCAGUUUUAAGACAGAAGGAGCAGCUAAAAGAGCCUUGGCAUUUGAUGGAUCUGACAUGGGUGGACUAUAUCUGAAAAUCCAGCCUUACAAGUCACCUAGAGUUAGCGAAGUAUCCAACUUUUCUCCAUCGGUCGUGGAGGGUUACAAUAGGAUCUAUGUUGGGAAUUUGUCGUGGGAUAUAUCCGAGGACGAUUUGAGGAAACUUUUCUCAGAUUGCGCUGUUACCUCUAUCCGAUUUGGUGAAGAUAAGGAGACUGGUGAAUUCAAAGGAUAUGCUCAUGUCGAUUUUGCUAAUAGUCUCUCUCUCAAUAUGGCAUUGAAAAUGGAUCAAAAGAUUGUUUGUGAGAGACCUGUUAGAAUAAGCUGCGCUGUUCCGAAGAAGGGAGAUGCCACAAAGUCAAAAUUCAUACCAACAAAUAAUCAGGUCGACACCAGUGAGGUGACUGAAGUUGGUGCAAAUCAUGUUAAUAGCAGUGGGGUAAGCGCCGUGGACCCCAUGCUCAGUUCAAAGAUAAGGAGGCGAACAUGUUAUGAGUGUGGAGAACGUGGCCACCUUUCAUCUUCUUGCCCGAAAAAGCAAGCUGAAUCUACAAGUCCUGCGGCAAGUUAA